GUUUCAGUUCAGCCAACUUCGGUGAGGGUUGUAGAUGAGAGUACGAAGCAGACACUAGAAGAUGGGCGUGUAUUGGGCCCGGUAAUCGAGGGUUCUGCAAUUGUUCUGAGAUGCGAAAGCGGUAAAGGCAGACCGGUACCGACGGUGGAAUGGUAUAACGGCGAUGCGCAGCUCAUAUCGAAAAGUUCAUCGGAGCUGGAAGAACACGAAAUUGGGACAGGAAGUGGCAUACUUAAUCUCGUGGUUGCACGUAGUGAAUUAGGCGCUACAUUUACUUGCAAGGUUAGCAGUUUAGCUCUGGCAGAACCACUAAAAAUCGACAUUAAAUUGGACGUUCAUGUCCGCCCCAUGAAAAUGGAUAUCAAAGGAGUGGUCGGUCACGUAAUUCAAGGAUCCAAGGUCCUGUUGCAGUGCGAGGUACAGGCUGCGAGGCCUCCGGCUAAUGUCACUUGGUAUAAUGGUACAAUGAUCUUCGAAAAAAAUAACAGUCGCUUAGAUAUGUACGAGACAAAGUUUACCGACAACGAUGACGGUACAACGCAGACUAACAGUUUUUUAGCCUUCACCGCGACAGAGCACGAUAACGGACGAAAGUUUAGCUGCGCAGCCGUGAAUUCGGUCAUGCUCAAGGAGGGGAGCAAGCCCAUGAAAGAAACCGUAAUCAUCGAAGUAAUGUAUCCUCCAAUCGUCCGAAUGAAUCCUGACACCAUCACGGUUAAUGAAACCGAGGAUUUUCAGUUAUUCUGUGAUUACGAGGCGAAUCCUGCGACGUUGAUAAACGUAAUUUGGCAGCGAGAUGGGAAAAAUCUUACUUUGAACGACGAACGUUAUGAAGGCGGCACAAUCGAGCUAACUUCAUUGCUCGUGAAAAAUUCCAUAUCCAACGACAUGGGCAAAUAUGCAUGCAUCCUGGAAAAUGAUUUCGGCAGCUCGAGUUCACGUGACUUCAUCGAUGUCUCUAUAUUAUUUCGACCAACUGUGGAAGUUACAAUGGAGCCGAACACUCCGAUCAACGAAGCGGCGCGCGUUAACGUCUCGUUAAGCUGCAAUUUGAUUGCCGGGAAUCCAAACUACCUGUCAGCGGUUCGAUGGUACCUCGACGGCGACCUGCUGAAGGAGCUCCCAGAUUGCUCGCGCAACGCCUCUGUCGAGGAGUUCUGUGAUAUUGAUCCGAGUAAACUACUGCUGGAGUCGGUGGGCCGCUCCUUCCACGGCAACUACUCUUGCGAGGGAAGAAAUGCCGCUGGCUGGGGUCCAAUAUCUUCAAAUACGCCCAUCGUUGUAUACUAUAAGCCGGGUCCCGCAUCGAUUUCGUACGAGCCAGAAAGAGUCGUAAAGAAAGGACCGUUAAAUAUUACUUGCUCGGUCAAAGAUCCCGGACGACCCGAAGCCACGGAUUUCAAGUGGUUUCGUGGCCCAGUGCGCCUCUCCGAGGAGAAUGAGGCAGUUUAUCGAGUUGACAAAGCUAGAUUAGAAAAUCUAGAGAAUUUUACAUGUAUGGCUAAUAACGAAGCCGGCGACGGCGAUCCAGCCACCACUUUCGUUAGCGUAUCUGCACCACCGGCGUUUAUAAAGAAGUUGCCGCAACUUGUCGGUUUCGUCUAUAAUGCGACAAACGUCAGUCUUGGCUGUCACGUCGAAUGCUCACCUCUUUGUGAUAUCGUUUGGAUGAAGAACAAUAAAACAAUCGACUUUGCACAUACGCGACAAUAUUAUGUACAGAACAACCGAGCUCCCCCAAAUCUUCGUACGGACGACUUCGAGAGUAUGAAUUCAUCGCUCGUUUGGAAUUUGACGGCUUGGCCUUCCGGACAAUUAGAUCGCGUUCUUGAUAAUGACAUUACCUUCACCUGCAUGAGUACGUCAAAUUAUAUUGGGCCAGGUGUCGCUAGCACCGUGAAAAUUGAAGUCUAUUUUCCACCAGAAAGUCUCACGAUCUCAAAGAAGAUAGUGAACGUUGUCGUUGACAGUAUACCGGAACCAAUAACGUGCAACGCCACUGCACGACCAGAUCCACAGUAUCGUUGGUAUCGAGAGGGCAAGUCUGAAAUUAUAUCAGAGGGUUCGGUGCUGCACUUUAAGACACCAUUCCCGCGUAGUAGUCGCGGUACUUAUGUUUGCCAGGCCAAUAAUAAGAUUGGUAGUGCGAUUAUUUCAACCUAUAUAAAUGUUCAAUACAAGCCCGAAUGCCAAGUUGAUAAAGAGGUAAUGGACGGGAAGGAUUACGUCGUAUGCAGUGCCGAUGGAAAUCCUACGGAGUACGGCUUCAAAUGGUCGCUAAAAAGUGACAAUGACACGAUCGAACAGGUAUCGAGUAUAGUGAAUGGCAAAAGCUAUCUCCCGCUCGACGAUUCCGUUACGAGUCCUAGGACUUAUGUAUGCGUAGCCAACAAUAGUAUCGGACACUCCAACUCGUGCGAGCGACAUGUACCUGCAAACAUCCCGUGGUGGUUGAGACUCGAUGGGGAUUUACUUGUUAUCAUAAUUGCCGUUACAGUGAUUAUUAUACUCAUUUUAAUUAUCAUAUGUGUCGCUAUCUUUCUCAUGUGUCGACGAAAGCACAGUAAAUUAAAAUACAAUAAUCGAGUGGUCGAGCUGGAGGAACGCGAACACCCGGAGGGUGGACCGCCAUCGCCAGCAGCUUCCUCGAGCCAUUCGGCAACUCCGCACGCGAAUGUACAGCAGCAGCCAGUUGUACCUCGCUGGCCAUUAAAGCCGGGUGUCCUCGUCCAUAUCAACCGCACCCACAGCAUGCGCUCGGGUUUGACUAUCGGGCCGCGUCUUGGAGUCGGCUUGCCUUCGCCGCCAUUGUCCACAGCCUCGUCGCUUUCGCGGCUACGUGGAACUUCCGAUUCGAUGCCGCUAACGGGCGACUCAUCGGCUUCGGUAGCACCUGUACAGCCCAUUUGUCGCGGAAGUAAGGAUACGGCACUCGUUGGGGUGCGGCAGGCGCAACGGCGUCAUCGUCGUCGGCACUACCCAGCCGAUUGUUCCUCGAUGGCGAGGUCGAGGCAGCGCGAGCCCCAGCAUCAGUCGCAUCACGAGGAUGGUAUGCUUGCUCGGGCAAAUCGGAUAAGAUCCAUAUUUAGUGUGCAGUUGAAGGAAUCCGAUACCUUUCCGGGUAUAUCACGCGGUAAGACAGCCGUGACAUACAAGAGAAUAGUACCACUACAACAACAAGAGCAAUCAGCUGUCGGUUCACAACAUUCCAAGCAGAAACAGACCAGCGAUGACAGAAACAAUGUAUCCCGUAAGCGUAAAAAACCAGGAGCAGAUCCCAGUCAAGCCGUAAAUAGUAACCAUAUGGAUAGUGUUUCUGAAGGUUUAUCCGAGCCAGAAACAAAAACAUUUUACGAAAAUCUACCAUUUCAUGGUAUACAAACGCCACCAAACAAGACAAACAGUAUUUACGACUACAAAGAGCACUACCAGCAACAGCAACAAGAGAUGCAGCAAUACGGUUAUCCAUUACCGAGCAAUAGCUCCAGCCAAUUAACGCUUCCUCUCACUCGCAACCUAUACCAUUCCUCGUCAAUGGUCAGUCCUCUGCAGGAUUCUUACAUCCAUGCUAACAGUCGCCAUUCUCUCAACACUGCCAAUUUUACCUCAUCCAAUUACCUCCAUCAGCAGCAACAGCCACAUUACGUCCAGGAUCACGCCACAGCCAAUACCCUGCCCUUCUCCCUCCUACAACAGCCGGGAAAUCUCAUUGACGUACCUGACCUCACAUACGACCGUCAACAACAGUAUCAGCAGCAGCAGCAGCAGCACUAUAAAAUUUCCUAUCCUCAUUAUUACGAAGACGCUCUGAACGACAGUCCCAUUGACUAUCAAGAGGAGCGCGAUUGCAUAGAAGCAGCAGCAGCAGCAGCUAAGCUUGACGAAGAAUCGCAACAAGGCAACCAAGAGCCAUUCAAGCCGGAGUUCUCCGAUUUGGACUACGCUGACGUAGACUAUCGCUCUUACGGGCCGAUAAAUUACAAGGCCGCGAGUAUUGCUUUACUUCAAAACCGAAAUAAGCCGCAACAACAGCAAAUUCAUCAACAGGAUGAUCGCAUACCACAAAUGUACGGCGUCUCCGACGACAGCGAAGAACUUUUGUAAGAAUGUGCUCGUCGCAUAAUAUUUUUCACCCCUAAAGUGCCAUCUUUUAAUGUAGUUGAGAUGUAUGUAUAUGAAAGAGUUAGAGUGCGAUAGAGAGUCUGUGCAUUUGCGCGUAUGUGUGUAAGUUUGCGAGCGUGCGUGGCGUCUGUUCGUACGUUCCCACCUGCGUUUUAUUUAUGCAAGGAAGAGAGGGAGAAAUAGACAGAGAAAUAUUAAGGAAUAUAAUGGAACGAGUCCGUCGAUAUUCAUCAAAUAUACACAAUGUUAUUAUUGUUCUUGUAAGGGACCCAUUUGCCAGAGGUCGUUAAGUAAUAUUAUAUGCUUAAACUUUUUACAACGUUAGAAUGUGCAUUAUGGGAUCAAAUCGACUGACGUAACAUCUUCGCGGUGAUUGUUGGCGCCAUAUGAUGGCAUGCCUACCCGUAGCUUUUAAUGAUUAUUCAAAUUCGUUCACACAUAAGAAUUUACAAAUUGUCAGGAUAACAAGGAAGUAAAUCAUAAAUAACAAUUUGCAUUGUAUCAAAUGGGUAUAU